UAUUCCUUAAUAGUACAUGCUAGAUUAAAAUCGCAAAAACAAUGGCAAUAGGGUUGUUGCCGAAUUGUGAGGACUCGAAUUUGUUUUACUUGGAUGCCUCAACUUUGCUUUUGCAACUUUUAGCUGCAGAUGUCACUGUAUAAUCUUAUACAACUAUUUCACCAAGCAUGUAAGGAAACCAUAUAUACUACAAAUAUUUGAAAGGCCUCAACAUACAUUUUGAGAAGAGGUUUGUUUCAAUUAUUCUUCUAUCAAGAACAGGGAAAAUUUUGGGCAAUUAAAACAGAGAGAAUCCAAAAUGCUAAAAAUCAGUCCUUAUUUAAGAAUUGACGGUAAUUUCUGUCCUGCGGUAAGUAUUGAAAACAUGGAAGAUAAUGAAGUGGUUUGGGAUGAAAAAGGAAAAAGCAAUAUUUCUCAAAUUUUCGUAUCGCAUAACCCUGCCUAUAUAAAAUCCAUUGCAUUCCUUUACAUUGAAGAUGGUGAAGCUACGCUUUCUCCUAUCUUUGGCAGUCAAACUCUUGAUGAUCCCUGUUUCGAUACGGUGACAUUAGAUAAUGCUGACAAAGAUGAAUACAUCACCAAAGUAAGUGGUAUAGCUGCCACGUCGAUUACAAACGUCGGGCGUGGUUUGGCUUCUUUGACAAUUGAAACAAAUAAAAACACUUAUGGGCCAUUUGGAGAGAAACGCACAAGUGUACGUUUGAAUGAGUUUCAUUUUAAAAUAUAUUUGGGACAUAACGAUCAAUUUGGUGGAUUUCAUGGAACCUCUUCACCUUCAAUGCUUAAAUCUCUUGGAGUUUAUUUGAAGCCUAAUAUUCAAGCUCAAGCCACCAAGCUCAAUAGAACUCAACUACCUAUUGACUGAUAUCAAAUACCCAAUUCAUGUCGCCACCACAAUUAAUUCAACUCUACAAUUUAGUUUGCUUUUAUUCAUCAAAUUCUACCUAUUUGGUUUCUGCCCUUUAAUGUAUGUAUAUAUUUUUUUUUAUUUGAAAUAAAUAAAAAAAAAAACAUAUGUCCAGAAAUACUCCUUGGUAUUUUACAUGUUCUAUAGAAUACAAGGCCGGCCCUAGGACUGGGCCCAAGAGGCAACCGCCAGGGCCUAUGUUAAGAAAGCAGAAGUUAAGUAUAUUUAAGGGCCUAUCUGUAAUCAAUAUGAUAAGUUACAAGAAGCCUAAAUAAUAACUCAUUAAACAGACUUUAGAAAGGUAAAGAGUAUUUAUUUAUUGGAAAAACUACUAUAAAUAAUCUAAUCUCUCUCUUAUUUUCCUGCAA